CUAGACCAUGAGUGCAAAAGAGGUAGGUAGAUAUUGUUGUUCUUUUCACUCUCAUGAUAUUCUGCUAUCGGUCGACGUAUUCUGCUCACAUGGGAUCGCACCCUAACAACGCAGAACAUGAGUUAGACAAGGACAGACAUAUAUUUGUGUCCUUUCUUAUUUCAGGCGUCGAAUUCGUUCGCGAACGACUUUUUGUGCAGUCCCAUGAAAACGUUUUUAACGCAAAACGCUGCCAUGGGAUUCCACCCUUUCCCUUGAUGAAAAAAUGUUGUAGAAAGCCCUUAAAACUGCUAACUUUCAAUAAAUCUGAUGCACGUGAAAAGUUCUUGAGCAAUUUUUUCAUGGGCCAAUUUGGUUGAGAUUUUGACACUUGAUUCUACCUUCUACACGAUUUUUCAAUUUAUGUAGAAACCGGUAUUGUUGAGUGUCAUUAGCGAACUGUGUUGUUAUUUAAUAAUGAAGUUUUCAAAUAGACAAAAUAAAAACUACAGACUUUAGUAACCUGCAAAAACUUGAGUCCCUGCAGCUGUUGGACUGAUUUUUUAAUUUCAGCCUCUGCAAACAAAAUGUUUUAGCAUUUUUCACUCAACUAGACUGCAGAUUACGAACUACAAUGGUGGAUAAUAGCUGCAUAAUCGAGGGAAAUGUCAAAUUUCGAGAUGGAAAGAAGUGGAAAUCACGAUGGUGUGUCAUGAGAAAAUUGUCACCAGUGGCAGAUUGUAUGCACUUACAACUUUACGGAGAUAGUAAGGAUAGAUUCAAGAAUGCACAUACAAAAGCGUCAUUAAGUUUACAACACUUUUUAGGCGUACAGAGUGGUUUCACUCUUGACAAAGAAUCAAACACCAUUGCUAUAAUCUGUCGAGAUAUAAUUGUAGUUCUAGCAUUUGAUACAAGAGAACGCUUAAUCCAGUGGCAAGUUAAAAUAUCAAAUAAUUUAGGAGAAGACCGCCAGUUUUUGGUGCUCAUUUCCACUGCUGCAUCUAAAGGGAAAAUAAGCAACGGUCCAGCACAUCUUCGUGUGCAGAAUUACAGAUUUUGUAUUACAGUUGGCAUUCCGCCUAGACUCGUGGGGAUUUGGAAAAUCGUCCAUCUCCGAAAAUAUGGAGUUGUUGAUGGCCGAUUUUGUUUUGAGGGCGGCUCACGAUGCGAUCGUGGCGAAGGACUUCACGUCCUAAUCACUGAUCAAGGCGACGAGAUAGUAAAAACAUUUCAAUUAGCUGUGGAAGGAAAACUACCGAGUCGAAAAAAGAAUGGACGUGAUCAAGCUUCGCAAGAAAGUCCUCGCAGUCAAUUUUCAAGAUCAGAAACAAGAGUCAGCGACUGUGUUCCAUCAGCGUCCUAUGUGUCUAAUUAUCAUGAAAAAUAUUACGAAAGCAGUAAGAAUGACAGUUCAUCUUUCUGGUUCUCUUCCGACAGACAUCAAGAAAUAGAAUCGGAGGAAAACUUCAGCAGCCGAGAUUCGAUUUCUACCUCGGAAAUGACUGAACAGCCAAAUGAUUGGCAAAGGUAUUCCUUCUCCCGCCAAGGAAGUUCUAAGUUAGAAAGAUGUGCAAGCUGCAUAGGAAAACUCGGAACAAUAUCAAAAUCCUCAACGUCCGUAACAACUGUGGAACCAUCUUCUGGGCUUCAACAUAGUAAUUUAAGUCACGUGACACAUAGAGCACUCGACGGCUUGUCACUUUCGUCCUACAGCAGUAGCAGCCACGAGAGUGAUUACUCAGUGUCACAAAGAGAUGGAACUUUCCAGCAAAUGGAGUGCUGUUGUUCGCAGACUAAACUCGAGCAAACUCCACCAGUUUGUCUUCCUCUCAAGAGUCCCGCAGUACCUCCAAGGCCACCAAAGUCGAGAAACGAAAUGACAAAUGCUGCCAAAUUGAAAAAACCACCUAUGCCACUUCCAAACACUGCGCAAAUUUGCACUUGUCGCCAGAAGAAUGUGGUCCGCAAAAACGAUCUUUCUAUCGGUCCCUAUAACAAUUACGACAUUCCCAAACCUAUACUUGUUCAUCGUGCGAUUCCGAGUCAAGCAGAACCACAAAAUCAAUAUUACGACACACCGAGAAAAAUAAAAGAAUCAUUGCCAAAUGAGUAUUCCAAUUAUGAUAUGCCACAUUUACCACAAGCCGUGAUGUUACAACGAUGUGGCUGUCCCACGAAGUUGUCUCAGUCGACACGACCUUCCGCCUGUCCCUGCCAAAACGUCCUCAGUUGGGCUGGCUUCGUGUUGCCCUACUGCCGCAGAGGAGCUGGAAUCGAACCUACUGGAGUCACCGUUCAACCCAUCCGUCUCUCAGGAGAAGGUAAAAUGCCGGUGGUCAACGCUAAUGGAGGAGUUAAUUUCUUCCCCGAAAAUCUCUCAGGCUUCAGCCACAAAGAAGAAUGUGACAAAAAUUCUCAAGCUAAUUAUGAGAAUAUUGGAACCAUUAUUGAUACGCAACCAAACGCGAAUACCCCCAAUUAUGUCAAUAUUAACUUUAAUUCUUCAAAUCACUAUGAAAAUAGUAAGGAUCUUAUAUUGAAAACUGGAAUUUCGAAAAACGAAUGGAAACAAAUUUCCACUGACUUAGAAAUGCAAAAAGAGGGUAAUAAAGAGAAGAAUGUAUGCUCAAAGAAAGGGGAACCUGAUUAUCUCGAGGUGGAAGCGAAGAAAGUUUGUAAAAAUUCAUCUUCUAGCUAUUUACCGAUGCAGCCUGCACAUGUUUGUUCAAAGCAAAUGUUAUCCAGACUCGUUAGCGGUGUCAAAAGUUCAAGCAAUCCUACUUUGUCAAGUACAUCUUCCGCAGAAGGAAUCAAAAAGAGAUCCGACUCUGAGUAUCGAGUUCCAGGACCCACGGUCUUGUCUAGUCCCUGUUUUACAAGACGUUUAAUUGACGUCAAUAAAAAUAAAGAAAGUAUUUUACUUAGAAAGCGAUCUUAUUCAGAGGAAGCUGCUCGUUUUGUUGACGAGGAAAAGUCAAAUUCAACAAUUUGUGAUUGCACAAAAGAUUCGAGUAAGAAAAUCUCUCUCAACGCGGAGGAUUCUGUUAAUAAAGUAGAAAAAGCGUUUUUGAAUCAGCUUUCAUUUCAAUUGUCAUCAACUGGGUCUUGCAUUAAAAUUCGAAGAUCUUCCUCCGUUCCAUCAAAGGCGGGUCACAGUCGAGAUUCUUCCAGCAGUAAUGAUUCUGGUGUGUUCACUGGAUCUGCCACUAAUAGGAAUAAUGAAUUUCUAGACUUCGAUUAUGCGUCCGUUCCAACUUCAACACCCUUGAAAAGAAGACAAUCUACACUUCUUGCAAAGUCAGCACGGCCGGGAUGCUUUUACAACAGUUUGCCCAGAAAGUCAAAAACAAAUGAUCUACUAAAAGAAAUUAAUUUUCAGUUUCAAAAAAUCAAGGUGCCUGCCAAAUCAUCGUCUGCGGAAUCAGAUAUUCCUUCUAAAGAGACCAAAAGAUUUACUAAUUCUGAUGAGAUCCCUAUAAAUAGAUGCCCCGAUUCGCGAAGCACAAGUAGUGGCACAUCUGAUAUGUCUGAUUACAUUGAGACGUUGUCUCUCUCAUCUCAUUCUUCAACAGAAACACCAGACUGUCUUCGUCAUGAAAGCAGAGGUAUAGCAACAACUUUACGUCCUCGGAAUGGCAAAGAAUAUUGUAAAAUUGAUCGCAGUAUUUUGUUAGACUCUGAACGCAAUGCAAAUUCAGCUUUGUCGAAUUAUGCAAAUAUCGCCUCAGUUGAAGAAAAAAGUGAGUCACCAUCGCCAGGCUACAUGAGCAGUUCACCAUUUGAGCGUCAGUCUUUAACAAAAGAACAUUUUCUGUUUUCCAAGGAAUCUUGAAUAUUUAAGGGUAACUACUGAUGCAACCCAUUCAUCUCAAGUUCCUAGGAAUCCCAAGUAUAACGGAUAGGAGGGUAAAUAUAAAAGUGAAAUUUGAUAACUGAAGUUAUUCCAACUACCUACACUAUAUGCAAGUGUCUUGAAAAGACAAAAUCGAUUGUUUUUACUUUUAAUGCAGAAGUUUGUUUUCUGUCUGUUGCAUCUAAAGAUGUGAAUGUAAAAGCAAUGUCUUCUUGUAAAUGAUUUAUUUAAACUGAAAUCAGUUUUUAUGCACAUUAAAUGUCGCACAAAUACUUAUGCUUUAUUUAUCUUGCAUAUCAUCUUAUAAUUAAAUUAUAGUUGAAAUGAAGUCAAUAAUCAAACACUUUUUACAACGAUUUCAAAAUUUUCUAAAAUAUGCUCAAUACAAAUUAUAAUAUUAAUAUACUAAUAAUAUUACAUGAUGUACUAUAAAAAUUCUCUCUCUGUCUCUCGAUAAAGAAAUUAUAUUCUUUGCAAUGUAGUACAAAUAUUUCUCUUUUCAAGUGUCGCUUAACUUACAUGAGCAAAUUUUUUUUUCAUGUCUAUUAAACUAUUAAAAUAUCUAGGGGUAUAUGGAAGUCUGUGAGAAGGGAACUGAAUAGUUCAAAGUUUCAAGUAGCAGGAACAGUUUUAAGAAUUAACUUGAUUAUAAUUUCAAGUUGGAUAAAAUGGGAUAAAGAUUGAAAAAUAUUUGUCUAUCUAUCUGUAAAACUUGAAUGCUGAUACGUAUCGACAAAGGAAUAGUAUAAGGGGAUGUAUGUCCAAUAAAAUAAAUCAAUGGCCUGGGUAAUUGAAUCAAUAUUAGACUUGCCGGAUCGACACAGCACUGCCCAAACUUAUCCAAAUUGUCACUAAUUGAAGUCUAAGAACGGUAAAAUUGUUACGAAUUACAAAAAUGCAAUAAAAAAUGGACUUUUUUCAAAAUCUUGAGUCGAUGUAACCCCUUAAUUCGCAACACUUUAAAAAUUCCAUAAAUUGGACAAUACGUAUCCGCCUAAAUUCACGCGUAUCUCCUUAUAGAACCCAGCCCCUCAAUUACAUCUCAUUAUGAAACAAUCAAAAUAAAACUUUAGUAAACAAGCCUUAAAGGUUUUAAACAUUAAAUUAUUUUUUAAUUCUAAUCUACGAAGAAAUUACAAUUUACUCAAGGAGUAGAAAACUAAAUUGUAGAAGCUUAAAUUUAUGGCAAAUAUAUAGCAACAUAGAAACCACUGCCAAGUUUUAAUAUCUCUGCAUAUAAUUAUUUUUUAUCAUAUUAUCAUGAUACUAAUGAACUGCAUCCUCAUAGAGAUAAAAAUUUUUAUCCUGUGAACUAAAACUUUCUAAAGUGUUAGUUUCUUAUUUUUCAAAUUCAUAGAACUCCAUAAUUUAACAAAAUUUUAUUAUUUUUAUUAUUUUCAAGUUUCAGAACAUUUUACAAAAGGUAGAAGUUCAAGUUAUGUUCAAAGUUUUUUAAUUAUUAAAUUUCAUAUCGCAAAAGUAUUAAUCUAGUAUUUUCUUAUUAAAAGGACUAAAAAAUAAAAUUUGAAUAUGCUUUGCCUUGAAUAUUCAUGAAAGGCAAUAUUAUAAUUUUAAACGAUGAUAUUAUUGCUCAUGUAAACGACUCUCGAAAAGUGUUUUAAUUCUAGGUUUCUAGCAAAACAUUUAAAAUUGUAGGAUUAUUAAUAAAAUUUGUACCUCAGUAUAAUGUAGGCCUAUCUAAAUAUAAAUAAUUUCUAAAGUUUGAUAAUAUUAAUUUUUCCCAUAAGGAAUGUAUUUACAAACCUAGAAAAGAUUUUAAUUAAAAUAUAAGACUGAAGAAUGGUCUAAAAUGAUUGGAUGUCUGAAACGUAAUGUCCAGCAGUAAGACGUCGUAUAUCUGCAGGAAACUAGAAUUAUGUAAAAUUAAAAAUAAAUAGUUUGGUAGAUGAAAGAAUAUACAGUCACAUUGAUAAUUUUUUAGCUAUUUAUAUUUCCGUACAAUUGUACAUAUUUAUUUUCAUCUAUUUUAAUUUUAACAGUUUUAUUAACUUUAUUAAUUUUAUUAAAACAAAUGUUUUGUUUAUUAUGGAAUAUUAUCCGUUUAUGUAACAUGGACGGAUGCUGUAUGAGCGGAAAGACUAACAUUUCAAUAUUAUAUUCUUUAAGACUACCAACUGCUUUCCAGUGAAUUUCACAUCUUUGAAUUGUAUUACUUUUUCGCUUUCCUUUUAGAAAAAUUGUACUUAUUAUUGGUUAACAUUUUGUAAUUAUUAUUUAUAAAUAGGUUUAUUAGACCAUGUUUAUGAAAAUUGAGAUAUAAAACCUAUCUAUAAACAGUAAUUUUAACAUUUUUUACUUUCAAUUUUCAAUAAUUGCAGUUAAUACUGUGUUUCCCCUUAUACAUUUGUCCUUUAAGGCAAAUUUAAUCAUUUUAUAUAAUGUUACUGAUUGUAUUCUUAUUUUGCAAGAUAAUCAAAUGAAAUUUACAAAUUCAAAGAAAGCAUUUUUAAUGCGCACACAACGAAUGCCGAAUUUAAAUAAUUAUUACAUUUUUUAUAUAUUGUCAGAUAUUUUUCAUUGUUAAAAAAUAUCAAUAAAUUGUAGUUGGAUAAUAAGUGAAUUGCAACAUAUUAAAAAUUUACAAUUGACAUUUAAAAUACAAAGUAUGAAAAUGACAAAGAUGUAAUGCCAAAACGUUUAACAGUAAUUUAUACAAGAAGCCAGAAUCCUUUUAUACUAUGUACUGCUAAAUCAAAUACCAUUUCAAAUAUUUGAAUGUACUAAUUAAACACUUUUUAAUAUUUUUCCUUUUCGUUUGUCAAAAGUAAAGGAAAUUUAAUAAUAGUUGAAGAAAAAACAUACUCCACGACAACAUUUUUAUAUUAUACUGUUAACACUUUUUAAAAUAAAAAAAUGAAAUAUUUAUGUUUCGACGAAGCUUACAACGACAAAGACAAAAUAAGGAUUCUGGAAAAUAAUUUUACACUAAAUUAUGAUAAUAUUAAUUUAUGUUCUUUAUAGAAAUAUAUGAAUACACAUUUCUAUUGGGAGAUCCACGGCCUGCAACCAAAAACAUAAUUCAAAGCUCAAGAGUAUUUUUAAUUUACUAAAAUGUUCCAUUUCUGGGUCAUAAUGCAGUAUGUUGAGUUAGGUUUAUAAAUGUAACUUUUUAAAGGACCCCGCAAGAAAUACAUCAAACAGAUGUAUGAGGCCAUGAUAUUUCAACAUUUGGCAGAGCUCCUUACGAAAUGACAUUUCAACUUCUUUGGAUAAAUAUGAAAAAUUAAUAUUAUUUAUUUAUUGACGGGACAAAUCCUUUCGUUCAAAUGGCACCCCUAAAUUCUAAAUUUAAAAUUGCAGUUACAUUCUUAAACUAGUACUCAAGUAAUUAAGAUAUGGAGAGAAAGGCAUAGUAGAAACCUUCUCUCCGUGUAGGGCUAUUCGAUGCCGAAUCUUCCAUUGGAAUGUUUUCGCAAGUUUUUUAAAAUACAUUGUGCGAACUGGGAAGUGACCCUUGAAAUAUCUCUUGAUCUUUGCGUAAUGUUCUUGGUUAUAUUUUUAAUGCAUUUACAGCAGAUUAGUUACUUGUAAUAGAGCGCGUGUAUUUUAUAAUCUUAAUCUACAUCUUUCACUGAAAAAACAAAAAGGGAAUAUGCUUGGAGAAACUAGGCCAUUUUUUAAUUUAGAAAAGUGUUGCUCUUUUUGAAGCAUAUUCCUUAUUAGUUUUCUUAGUGUUCGAAAAAUAGCAUUUUUUAUGUAAAGUGAAUAUGCUUAACAUUUUAGAGGUAAUGCGUGAAUUAGAUUUGUUUAAAGUUUUGUAAUAUUUAUAUAAACAUUUCUAGUGAACAAUCUCCAAAUAUUUGCAAUUCUUCAAUUAUGAAUCAUACGAAAAAGUAUUUCUUCUCACCAGAAGAAUAUAAUACGAGAGAAAAAGCAUUCUAGUCAGAGGUUAAGUACUGUAGUCAUAAUAUAUUUUUAUUGUGAAAAA